CAUCAUCCUCUUUUCAGCAGAAUUAGUCAUAUUCUUCCAACUUUUACCUCUGCUUCAAGAAACCAAAAAAGAGAAAGAAGAAAAACAUGGGCUAUUGCAAGUUUUCUAAAUAUAAUUUGUUCUUCUUCAUUUGCCUCUUCUUUAGUGCUUAUGGAGAAUACAAUAGUAACCAAAUCAGUUCUGAUCAGGCUGCUCUUCUUGCAUUCAAAGCAGGAAUUGUAGCCGAUCCCGACAAUGUUCUCGAUUCCUGGAAUGCUUCUGGUGUUCCUGUGUGCAACUGGCCAGGGAUUCGCUGUCACAAAACAACUGGAAAAGUUGUGGAGCUUGUUCUGAGUCAUUAUUCUCUUACAGGCACCAUUUCACCUUCUCUUUCAAAUCUUUCUGAUUUGGAAGUUCUUGAUUUGUCACAAAACAGCUUUGAAGGGAUCAUCCCUCCAGAGCUUGGUUCAUUGUCACAACUCAAACAGCUCAGUUUAUCUUCCAAUCUCCUCAAAGGAAACAUUCCAUCAUCAUUAGGUUCUCUUCAUCAGCUUGUUUACCUUGAUUUGGGAAGCAACCAGCUCGCUGGCGAAAUUCCUGAAUCACUUCUUUGCAAUGGUUCUUUUGCAUUGCAGUAUCUUGACCUCUCCAAUAAUUCACUUUCUGGAAAAAUCCCUUUAAGGAAUGAAUGUUUUCUUGAGGAUCUAAAGUUCCUUCUGCUUUGGUCGAACCAACUUGUAGGUGAAGUUCCUCCAGCCCUUGCCAAUUCAACUAAGCUUGAAUGGCUUGAUUUAGAAUCGAAUUCGCUAAGCGGGGAGUUACCUGCUGAUAUUGUAUAUAGAAUGCCUCGGUUGCAGUUUUUAUAUCUAUCUUAUAACAACUUCAGGAGUCAUCAUGGUAACACUGACCUGCAACAUUUUUUUGCUUCUUUGAGAAAUUCCUCCAAUUUGCAAGAGCUGGAAUUGGCGGGAAAUGGCUUAAGUGGAAAGUUGCCUUCUAUUAUUGGUGAUCUUUCUAUUAACCUUGUACAGAUUCAUCUUGAUGAUAACCAUAUCUAUGGUCCAAUCCCUCCAGAGAUUUCGAAUCUCGAUAACCUUACCCUCUUGAACUUGUCAAGUAAUCUCCUCAAUGGAUCAAUUCCAACAGAGCUUUGCCAAAUCCAGAAACUUGAGAGGCUGUAUUUGGCAAAUAACCAACUUUCUGGAAAUAUUCCAUCAGAACUUGGCAAUGCUCUCCAUUUAGGCCUUCUUGAUUUAUCCAAUAACCAUCUUUCUGGAACAAUCCCGGAUAGUUUUGCUAAUCUUUCACAGCUGAGAAGACUUCUUCUCUACGGGAAUUCUCUCUCAGGCGAAAUCCCACCGAGCCUCGGAAAAUGCAAUAACCUGGAAAUCCUUGACCUUUCACAGAACAGGAUUACAGGGAUGAUUCCAGAUGAAGUUGCUGGAUUAAGUAGUUUGAAGCUCUACUUGAAUUUGUCCAGCAAUCUUUUGCAUGGACCUGUGCCUCUAGAGCUCAGCAAAAUGGACAUGGUUCUGGCCAUUGAUUUGUCAUCAAACAAUCUCUCAGGCUCAAUUCCCUCACAACUUGGUAGCUGCAUUGCUUUGGAAUAUCUCAAUCUAUCAUCUAACCACUUGAAAGGUAAUCUUCCCGCCUCAGUUGGUCGCUUGCCUUAUUUGAAAACGCUUGAUGUCUCAGUUAACCAGUUAAACGGAGUGCUACCAGAAUCUCUGAGGGAAUCGACCUCUUUGAUCAUGCUCAAUUUCUCCUAUAAUCAUUUCUUUGGAAAUGUAUCAAAUGAAGGAGCAUUCUCAUCAUUAACUGUGAGUUCUUUCCUGGGGAAUCCAGGUCUCUGUGGUUCAGUAAGAGGUAUGCCAAUUUGCCACAGGAAACGGACUCGCCAUUUUGUUAUGGCGAUUCUUGUUUCGCUGGUUGCUUCAUCAAUCUUCUUCAUGGUCGCGUAUCCCCUGCUGCUGAAAUUUAAAUUCAGGAGGCAUCUAACAGGUGAAAGGGUGAAGGAUAUAGAAAGUGAAGAAAAGGAAAGGAAAGAGUUGAAGUUACUUAGGAUAUCUCAUAAGCAGCUUAUUGAAGCCACUGGUGGAUUUAGGUGUUCAAGCCUGAUUGGAUCAGGUCAAUUUGGUCAAGUGUACAAAGGAGUUCUUCAAGAUACCACACCAAUAGCUGUGAAAGUACUCAAUUCAAAAGCAGCUGGUGAGCUUUCGUGUAGCUUCAAACGAGAAUGUGAAGUUCUCAGACGUACAAGGCACAGGAAUUUGAUAAGGAUCAUAACAAUCUGCAGUAAGCCAGACUUCAAGGCUCUUGUUCUCCCUCUAAUGCCAAACGGAAGCCUAGAAAACCAUCUUUACCCGAGCCCUGGAUCAAAGCGUGAUUUGGAUUUGGUUCAGUUAGUGAACAUUUGUAGUGAUGUAGCCGAAGGAAUGGCAUAUCUGCAUCAUCAUUCUCCUGUAAGAGUUGUCCACUGUGAUCUUAAGCCAAGCAACAUUCUGCUGGAUGAAGACAUGACAGCUUUUGUCACUGAUUUUGGUAUUUCAAGAUUGAUAAAAGGCGCUGAUGAGGAUACUUCAACCAAUGAUUCCGCCUCCUAUAGCUCCACAGAUGGUUUGCUUUGUGGUUCAGUUGGCUACAUAGCUCCUGAAUAUGGAAUGGGGAAAAGGGCUUCAACCCAAGGAGAUGUAUAUAGUUAUGGAGUUCUUUUGUUGGAGAUUGUAACCGGGAAGCGUCCUACAAGUGUACUUUUUGAAGAAGGCUCAAACUUGCAUGAGUGGAUCAAGAGUUGCUACCCACACAAUCUUCAUCCAAUUGUUGAAGAUGCAUUAGGGCGAUUUUCGCCUGGUGGUAGGCCUACUACUGAUGAUCAAAACAAAAGAUGGAGGGAUGUGAUCCUGGAGAUGAUUGAACUAGGUCUCAUAUGCACACAAUACAAUCCUUCAACCAGACCAACAAUGCUGGACAUAGCACACGAAAUCGGAUUACUAAAGGAAUACCUCUCUUACUCUUCAUCUCAACAUAUCGAAGAGGUUCCUGUUGAACCGAUCAGCAAUCCCCUCCCAUGAGUUGGACUGUGUUUCAUGUUCUCUGUGCAGUAUUUUUUUCUUUUAAUCCAUUUUUCUGACAUGAGUAUCCAUGGUUUGAUGAAAAGAUUCUCAUGGAUUACAUUUUUGAGUUUUGACAACAGAAAAUUUUUGUUUAACGACCUUUACGCCAUUGUUCUUGCCCACCUGAUUUACAUUUUCGGCUGCUAAGUUAGUCAAUUCUCAUUUACAAGUAACUUCUUACAUUCUUUGUUUCUUUUUUACAUUUUGAUACAAAAAUCUCCCAAUGUACGC